AUGAAUUCAACAUCUGCAGCACCUUACUCGUCUUCAACAAAACCCGUACGGACUAUUGCGGCUGAGCGACGAAAGAAGGUUUUUUUGGAUCAAUUACCAGAGGAUUUCUUGCGCAUAACUAUCCCGUCGCCAAUUUCAGUUCAAGGGCAACAGCCAUCUAUGGUUCCUUUUUAUAUUGCGAAUUCCGAUUUGAUUGCCCAGCAAAAUCUUUUACAAGCACAGUAUGCAUUCUAUAGUUUUGUGCCACCAAAUACACGUGGUCGCAUUUCGAUAACAGUUGUAGAAGCCAAAUUAGUAAAAAACUAUGGUUUUAUGCGGAUGGAUCCUUAUUGUUGUGUGAGGAUAGGGAAUGCCGUUUUUGAAACACCAAGAAAUAUAAACGGUGGUAAAACGCCGAGAUGGAAUCGUAUCAUCAAUGCAUACUUACCAUAUGGUGUUGAAUCGCUCUAUCUUCAAGUUUUUGAUGAAUAUGCUUUGAAGAGAGCAUUUACUGCUGAUGAAUGCAUUGCAUGGGCACAUAUAAUACUUCCAAAUGGCAUAUUCGGCGGUGUGAUAAUCGAUGAUUGGUAUCAACUUUCUGGAGAACAGGGUGAAGGCAAAGAAGGUGUCAUAAAUCUAAUAAUAUCAUUUACACCAGUUUAA